GUCGGACAAGAGCUGCGCAAGAUGACGGCCUUCAUCAAGCAGGAGGCGACCGAGAAGGCGCGCGAGAUCGAGAUCAAGGCGGACGAGGAGUUCGCCAUCGAGAAGUCGAAGCUGGUGCGCCAGGAGACGGACGCCAUCGACGCGGCCUACCGCAAGAAGUUCAAGCAGGCGACCAUGUCGCAGCAGAUCACGCAGUCGACCGUGGCCAACAAGACGCGCCUGCGCGUGCUGGGCGCGCGCCAGGCCCUGCUGGACGACAUCUUCGCCGCCGCCGAGAAGCGCCUGGGCGAAGCGACCCAGGACAAGGCGCGCUACGCCGCCGUGCUCAAGGGCUUGCUGCUCGAGGGGUUCUACGCCCUUAGCGAGUCCGACGUGCGGGUCCGCGCGCGCAAGGCGGACUACGAGAUCGUGCGCGAGGCGAUAGGGGCCGCGGCGGCCGAGUAUAAGGAGAAGACGGGCAGCGAAGUGGCGGCGACAAUCGACGAGGAGGACGACCUGCCUGAUGGGAGGUAAGCGGAUGUCUUACGGCCCAGUGACAUGUUGCGGACGGAUGCUAACAUGCCGUGUCUUGC